AUUGCAGCGCCGGCUCUCCUCCGCGCGUCAUGCGGACAUCCUCUUCCUCACCCCUCGGACAUUGUAGCGCCACCCGGACCUCCCACACACCUCCCAGUGAACCGCUCACUUCUUGCUCGCCUCCAACACUUGCCAGGGAAACACAUAAAUGUGUUCCUUCUUGAAGAGUUAUUUAAUACAGAUUUAUUUAUUAAUUUGCUUCUUGAGACUACUUUGGGAAGCGUAAUUCCUUUCCCGGGUCAGUUUGCUGGUUUCUGGACACUCAAGUAUGGACAGCUUCCUUCAACUGGCUCUGCUUCUGCAGCUGGCACUCUGGGAAACGGCGGAGGCCAUGCACCCAGACUGUGCUGUGGUGUUGCAGCACAUGAAGGCUCAAGAAGAAUGCUACAAUAUUCUUGAACAGGAGGAAAACAACUAUUCAUCCAAGACAAGUUGCCCAACACAAUGGGAUAAUAUUUACUGCUGGCACCGGGCCAGUGUGGGACAGGUGGUCAGGGUUUCAUGUACGAAUGUCUCUCAGCUGUUUGCCGACAACCAAGCUUAUGUUUCAAGGAACUGCACAGAAAAGGGCUGGUCCGAACAUCUGAACUACUAUGAGGCCUGUGUGUUUAAAGAUGUUGAAGAGCCAGAGCCAGAGACAACAUAUUUUUCCAACUUUAAACAGGUGUACACCGCUGGCUAUGCUACCUCACUCAUCUCACUUAUAUCAGCUAUUUUUGUCUUCACUGUUUUUAGGAAAUUUCACUGCACUAGAAACUACAUCCAUAUUAACCUGUUCUUCUCCUUCAUCCUGAGAGCCACUGCUGUCUUCAUCAAAGACAUGGUUCUUUUUUCUGAUGCAGAUCAGGAUCACUGCUUCAUGUCAACUACAGCCUGCAAGUCCGCUGUGGCCUUUUUCCAGUUUAGUAUCCUGGCCAACUACUUCUGGCUACUGGUGGAGGGAAUGUAUCUACAGACGCUGCUAGCACUCACCUUCGUCUUUCAAAAGAAAUACUUCUGGUGGUAUAUACUAAUUGGUUGGGGUAUACCAACGAUAAUCAUUGCAACCUGGAUUCUCAGUAGAAACUUCUACAAUAAUAAGGGGUGCUGGGAUGACACAGAUGUGGCCUUCAUCUGGUGGAUCAUUAAGGGUCCAAUAACUGCCUCCCUACUGGUGAACUUCAUCAUCUUUCUAAACGUGAUCCGUAUUCUGGUUCAGAAGCUGACGUCUCCUGGAGUUGGUGGCAACAAUACAAGUCACUUUAAGCGAUUGGCCAAAUCCACACUGCUGCUCAUCCCACUUUUUGGGAUGCAUUAUAUGGUGUUCGCCUUCCUACCGGAAAAUACAGGAGCAGAAGCUCGGAUCAUCAUCGAGGUUGGCAUGGGAUCCUUCCAGGGAUUUGUUGUAGCCUUGCUGUACUGUUUCCUAAAUGGAGAGGUGCAGGCUGAACUGAAGAAGCGAUUUUGGAAGUGGCAGACUGAGAGUUACCUGAGCUACAGUAAACGACGGCGUACGCUGUUCAACGAAAGCAGCAUGGUCACACAGAUAUCUGUUCUGGACAAAUCCAGUCCCAAAGAGCAGCAGAGCUCCGAAUCACAAGCCCUUACACUCAAUAACGUGUCUGCAGUCUGAAAACCAUGAGACGGGUCCCGCAGAUGAGUUGUUGUUUUUUGUAUUGCACAGCUCAUGCUGUGCACAGACUACACCUCAGAGCCUGGUUGUUGGCGGGACUGUUUAUCUUGAACUGUGAGACCUCUGAACUUGCUGUGCAAGAAGUCAGCAUCAUCCCACACACAUUUACAGCAUAUUCAGAUUUCCCCCCAGACACCAGAGUUUACAGUGUUGCUGGAAAACUACGUCAUUUGCUUUGGGGCAACUCCUCCACAUUUUUCUUUCCAAACACUGAAUUCUUUCUGCUAUGUAAAGAAGAAAUAAUAAAAAAAUCAAAAGGUGAACUGGAGCCUUGUUCAAAAGUGAAGUAAAUCAAGGUGGAACAUAAAUGAAAAGAAGUACAUUCUCAUUCAACACAGUCCCAAAACUUUGGUUCACCAGUCGUAUUAUAAAGUUAAAUUAGAAUAUUUUCACACUUGCAAGCAACUCAACUAAAAGCAACAAAAUACACUACAUCAGAAAACAAAAGAUUUUGUACAGUGAACCAAGAGAGUUUUUGUUAUGUCAAACGUUCACAUUUUCCCAACAGACACAAAUGCCACACUGGCAAACUAAAAUGGCUUUGUGGUACUAUAAGUACAAAAUACUUGAUAAAAGAUUAAGGUGUAAAUUUUCUUUCUCAGUCAAUGCUGAACCUGCAACCGCAAUACUAACCUGAACCCUGAACAUAAGUAGCCAUUUCUUUUGCCUGUAUUCUGUUUCAUUAUGUGUAAUAAUUUAAAUCUGGCCGAUACCUUUAUGAGGAACUCUUGGGUGCAGUGAGAGGAAAUCAUACCUGUACACAAAGAUGAUCAAUUCUUUUCAUCAGUUGCUACUCUGACAUAAAAUUAUAUGACUAACAAAUGAGAUACUGUUCCUUUUCAGUAGGUAAAGCAUAUUUUACGUUUAAACUUUUAGCCUGUAGCUGAAUAACUGAAGGUUUCCUACAAUCCCUUAGAUGUAGUGUAAUAUAAACACCCAAUUUCACAACAAUUCUGCCGGCUCUCAGGAAGAAUUCAGAUUCAAACAUAUUUAUAAGCUUUUCUCAAUCUUAAUGUUUUACUUUUGAAGUCAAGGAAUCCAAGGGGUUCCAUGUUUGUUUUCAUCAGCUUCAUAGCUUAGCCAUCUUUUUCUUUGGACCUAUGACAUUAGAUUGCAAAAAGAGAUAUAACUAGAAGCCUCUUUUUCAAGGAUGUCAACAAUUUGUGUGUUACCAGCCUGGCACGACCAUGAAGAAGAUAUACUCCAGCCACGAGGCCACUAUAAAAUUCCUUGAUGACCAUUGCACAUAGAUACUCUAUCAUUUUUUGCUACCAGGAUCCACCCAUACUCCAACAAAUUUUAUCAGAACCGACAAAGGCUGAAAAAGGUUUGCAGGGUUCCAUACCACACCUUAUCAGCUCAACACCAUCCGUUAAUCCACUCAUGUGCAUUGUCCUUCAUACUCUAAUAUCCAUAGAUGUACUUUUCAUGAAGACCUUCCUGUAAUUACUUCGAGAAACUAUCAACCCAAUAGUUACCUGGUAUUACUGCUUAUUUGUCACCAGUUUCUUUACAUUUGUCCAACGAUCCAUAUAAAAAAAAAAAUAAAAAAAAAAGCUUUGAUACUUGUGAUUUUGAAAGAUCCUCCGUUUCCUUUUUUCUUUAAACUUUGGUCAUUCCUGUGUUACAUUUAGGAGAUGAAAAUCCAUAACGCCAUCUGUGGCUAUGUCUGCAACAUGUUGCACAGUGCAUUAGCGCACAUCUGGAGCACUAGACUGUAAAAGCCUUUCGAUUUGUUUUUGUGAAUGAACAGUGUCUUGUGACUGUUGCAGUUGACUCAAAUGAUUUAUACACUGACCAUAAUGAAUUUGUUAAAUUUGUUUGGCUAUGGAAUCCUUACGGUAUCAAGUUGGUGUUUGCAGGCAAUAUAUAUAUUUUAUUUUUUUUUCUGUAGGGCAUUUAAUGACACAGUUCUUUUGUAAAACCAUAUAAGAAGACCACAUUUUAGGCAUAAAUUAGGUUGUUGUCUUUAUACUGACUGAAUAGGCUGCUUUGACACUACUAAUGUAUCAAUGUAGUUUUUUCUCCUUUGUGACACUGUAGGUAAUUUGCA